UUAUCACUCUAUAUGAUUUUGACUGUUACUAUUGCUGACCCAGAUGGGCUUCAGCUCGUCGGCGCCUCGCUGGUCACUACUUUGUGGGUCCUGCUAAUGCAAUACCGACUUGUUAACAAGACUCGCCGGAAGGCUGGGAUCGAAUACCCGCAGAUGUAUGCCGACAGGAAACAGCAAGAGGAAUCCAAAGAUGCCCUCAUUUUCAAUUGUGCCCAACGUGCCCACCAGAAUACACUGGAGAACCUCCCUUUGGUUUAUGUGACAACGAUCCUUACUGGAUUGUAUCAUCCCAAACUGGCAGCGCUUGCUUGCACCUCGUGGUCCAUUGGCAGGGUUGCGUAUACUAAUGGAUAUGUCACGGGUGACCCUAGCAAGCGCAUUGGUAGUGUCGUUGCCAAAAUUGGCGGGGUAUCUAUUCUCGGUCCCUUCGUAUAUUCCAGCUAUCUCGCGUUGGGCUGGUUUGUGACUGCCGCGACCAAAGCUUACAAGCAGGGGCCGGUGCCUUGAGUUGUGACGAGUAGCGCCGAAGAUUCAGACUUGGUGGCCCGUUGGCAGGUAGAGGGCCCCACUUGGCUUUAAUACAUCCUAUUCGA